UCCUCUGCAGUUUUCAUCCCAGGGAGCUGCGCUUUUCUCGCGCAAUGAUCUUUGCCAUUGAGGAGAUAAACAACAGCACAGAGCUGCUGCCGGGAAUCAAACUGGGUUAUCAGAUCCAUGACACCUGCGCAUCUGUGCCUGUAGCUGUGCAUGUUGCAUUUCAGCUAGUGAACGGCCAGGACCCCGUGUUUUACCAGGGCAGGAAUUGUUCUCAGUCUGGAGUGGUGGUGGCUGCUGUGGGAGACUCUGCAUCCACUCCAUCCAUCAGCAUGUCACGCAUCAUGGGGCUCUUCAACGUUCCUCUGGUGAGCCAUUUUGCAACUUGUGCCUGCCUGUCAGAUAAACAAGAAUAUCCAACAUUUUUCAGAACCAUUCCCAGUGACCAGUUCCAAGCUGACGCCCUGGCCAAGCUGGUGAAACACUUUGGUUGGACUUGGAUUGGUGCCAUCCACUCAGACUCGGAUUAUGGAAAUAAUGGCAUGGCUUCCUUUCUUAAGACAGCAAACAGUGAGGGGAUCUGUGUGGAGUACAUUGAAUCAUUUUAUCGGACUGACCCACAAAGCAAGAUCAGAAGAGUUGCUGACGUUAUCCGCAGGUCAACAGCAACAGUUGUUGUUGCGUUUGUAGCUGAUGGUGACAUGAAGUUCCUGUUAGAAGAGCUGGCUCUGGACCCUCCUCCACCUCGGCAAUGGAUUGGAAGUGAAUCCUGGAUAACCGACCCAAACUCCAUGACCUUUGGUUUCUGUGCAGGAGCCAUUGGAGUUGCCAUUCAGAAAUCUGUCAUCCCAGGUCUGAGAGAUUUCCUCCUGGAUCUCUCUCCAUCUAAUGUCGCUGCUUCCUCAGUGCUGACUGAGUUCUGGCAGGAGGCAUUCAACUGCAGCCUGACAAAAAGUUCCAGUGUCAGUUUGCUCAGAGAGUUGUCCUCCAGGAACUCGUAAAGUGUUGCAGAAAGGAAAACCAAUCUGCUGCUAUGACUGUAUACCAUGUCCUGAAGGAGAGAUCAGUAAUAUGACAGAUUCUCCUGAUUGCUUCCUGUGUCCCAGAGAGUUCUGGCCAAAUGCAAAGAGAGAUGCUUGUUUUCCCAAACCAGUUGAGUUUCUAUCCUUCGAUGAAGUCCUGUCAAUCAUCUUGGC